CCCAUAACAUUUCUGAUCAGCUAGUGUGACUCUUAGAAUGGAUAUAUAUAUGAUAUUGAAUGCAUACAACAUUCAGUCGUAAAUAUCAAGUUAUGCAAUUUUUCUUGGUACCUUCUAUUAUGCUCAUGGAAUUGAUAGAAAUGACUUUCUCUGACGACAAAGUCGGAUAUUAGUGGUUUGCGUGUUCCUUGUAUUACACUGGAUUUAUUGGAAACGAGGUACGGUAAAAAUAAGGCUGUUUAUAUAUAGUGGUAUGGAAUAUUUACAGACUUGUUAUAAUAAAAGCAGCAGCGUUAAUGCCUCCAACACGACCGAUAUGUUUUUAUCUACACCUUCUAGUGCCACUGUAAUUUCUAUGUUUGUUUGUGGAGUUUUUGGAAACUUACUUGCUAUAUUUGUAUUAGUGAAGACAUCAAAACGUCACAAAUGGAAAAAUUUCUAUCGUCUUGUUGGUGUUCUCUCCAUAACAGACCUUUUUGGGAUAUUAGCCUCAACCCCCCUUGUUCUUAUUAACUAUCUGAACAAUUUCAAAUGGAUCGGAGGGCAGCCGACUUGUGACUAUUUCUCCUUUAUUCUAAUUUUUGCAGGUCUGAGCACAAUUUUUUUCAUUUCGUUCAUGUCACUGGAACGAUUUCUUGCUGUGUGCUGUCCGUAUUUCUAUAAACGUCAAGUCACAAAAGAAAAAGUAAACACUGUUACAGUGUUGCUUUGUCUGUUGUCGGCAGCAAUUGCGGUGAUGCCGAUUCUAGGAUUUGGCAAAAAUGUUCAUCAUUUUCCAGGAUCAUGGUGUUUCUUUGACUUCUUUGGACAAUCAACACUACAAAACAUAUACUCUUAUUUGUAUGCUUCUACAGGAAUUCUCUUGAUUUCUUUGACCGCUGUCUUCAAUAUAAUUUUAGUUGUGACUCUCGCUAGAGAAAUUCAUAGAAAAGAAUUACAAGAUAGGAAAUCUAGCUUUAACAGUGUCAGUUCAAGACGGCGAAAACGUAAUGAUAUCUAUUUAAUGGUUUUUCUAAUGGCUAUUUUGAUUGUGUUUGGAAUUUGCUACUCACCAUUGAUGGUGCGGGUUGUUUUAAAUCAGUCAAGAUGGACGUCAAAAUGUAACUCUUGUGACCUUCUUGCAAUAAGACUAGCGUCUUUUAAUCAAAUUUUGGAUCCAUGGGUUUACAUUUUAUUAAGACGAGAAAACAUCAUAUGUUUUGUAAAACGUACAAAGAGGUUAAAGUCGACAUUAAUACGCAGUUUGUCAAGUAUCCAUAGUUAUGGAAGUGAAACAGUGGCAAUCAUCAGAAGAAGCUUACGUCAUCGAAAAUCAUCGAGCAGAGACACCAAUGAACCAGAAAUGGAGGUGAACGAUAAUUUGAUGUCCGAAAAUACUAUUCACCCAACAAACACGGAACACAUAUAAGACAGGGAUUUAUAAGCUUCUCCUACCACUUGUUAGCAGUUUCAAAUAAAGAUAUAAAAUUUAA